AUGAUGCCCCCUGGAGGGGGCGGGAACGUGAUGACGCGGCAGUUCAACGAAGUGAUGAUUAAUCUGGGCGUGCAGCAGCUUCUAGACGAGCUGGGCAACAGUGCGCCAGCUCUCAUUGGUCGAGGCACCGCCUACGCGCUCUCGGGCAAGAUCAAAGAAGCCAUUGAGGAUUACUCUCUGGCGUGCGAGCUUGACCCCAAGAUGGUGGACGCCUGGCGCAGGAGGGCCCAGGCCCGAGCAGCCAUAGGGGAGGUGGACGGGGCAAUCGAGGACUGCACCACGACGCCCAGCCUGGAAAUAGGGGCUGAUGGACCUGCUGGGUGUGCCAUCGAGGAUUUUACCACGGCGCUUAGCCUGGAGAAGGGCCAGAUGGACCUGUUGAUGGAGCGAGGCAUGGUGUACGCCAGGGCACGGCGUUUCUACGAGGCAGCCAAGGACCUGAGGGCGGUGGUUGCCGUCAUGCCCAAGGAGGAGCUGGCGCACGUUGCCUUGAGGAUUGUGGCAGGCAGCCCGGGCAACACAGGGAGAUGCGUCCACCUCCGGCCUCCGCCCUCUUUGCACCGAUUGCAGGCGGAAUCCACAUGUGCUCUCUUUGCUCCGCCCUCACUUCCCUCCCUCCAUUCCUGCUUUGCACCCAUGCUGCAGGCUGAGUCUCUGGUGGGGUUGGGCGAGACAGAGGAGGCGAUGGAGAUUUAUGAGAAGGCUGAGUCUCUGGUGGGGUUGGGCGAAACAGAGGAGGCGAUGGAGAUUUAUGAGAAGGUGGUGGAUGCAAACCCGGGCAACAGGAUGGCGUGGCUGUACAUGGGGCAGGCCGCCAAGGAGCUCGCCAUGCCUGACAGGGCCGAGCAGGCUUACAGGAAGGCCACGCAGCUGGAACCCAGGCAGCAAAACCGGGCAACAGGAUGGCAUGGCUGUACAGUGUACAUGGGGCAGGCGGCCAAGGAGCUCGCCAUGCCUGAGAGGGCUGAGCAGGCCUACAGGAAGGCCACGCAGCUGGAACCCAGGUUCGCCCAGGCGUACCGCGUGGGGGCGCUGCUCAAGCACGCCAUGGGCGACCACAAGCAUGCACUGGAGCUGGUGCAGGUGGCAAUGCAGCUCGAGCCGGAGGGCAAACUGAAUGGAGACUUCUCCAACACCUUCCCCCUCCCCAUCCUUCCCCGCCCCUUCCUUUCCCCCUCCCCAUCCUUCCCCGCCCCUUCCUUUCCCCCUCCCCAUCCUUCCCCGCCCCUUCCUUUCCCCUCCCCAUCCUUCCCCGCCCCUUCCUUUCCCCCUCCCCAUCCUUCCCCGCCCCUCCUUUCCCCCUCCCCAUCCUUCCCCGCCCCCUUCCCCCCCUCCCCAUCCUUCCCCGCCCCUUCCUUUCCCCCUCCCCAUCCUUCCCCACCCCUUCCUUCCCCCUCCCCAUCACUCCUCACACAGGCACGCACUAGAGCUGGUGCGUGUGGCAAUGCAGCUCGAGCCGGAGAACGUGGAGGGGCAUUACAUCAAGGGGUCGUGCCACCACGCCCUGGGGCAGCUGCAGGACGCCGGGCAUUACAUCAAGGGGUCGUGCCACACGCGCUGGGGCAGCUGCAGGACGCCUGUCUCGCCUUCCCUCCUCCUCGCCCCCCCCCCCACUCCUUCCUCUCACACCACCAGGUGGUGACGACAUACGAUGCUCUCUUGUCCAAGCCCACACUGCAAGCUGGUUACCACCCAAAUGAAGCGCCCUCCCGCACUCUUUCCCGCCUCUCACACCACCAGGUGACGACAUACGAUGCUCUCUUGUCCAAGCCUACACGGCAGGAGGAGCAGCCCUUACUCUUCAUGGCAUUCUACCAGACUAAAAAAUGGCCAACCAAGCCCACGCGCCAGGUGGAGCAGCCCUUGCUCUUCAUGGCAUUCUAUCAGAGGGACGUGGCACUGCUUACAGCUUCUCGCCUCAAUAAGCCUCUCGUCUCCCUCAUCCUCUCCACUCCAUGCUUCUGUCACUCUCUCCACACCUCCUCCCCCCCACCCUCUCCCUCCCACCCUCUCCCUCCCACCCUCUCCCUCCCACCCCUCUCCCCCCACCCUCUCCCUCCCACCCUCUCCCUCCCACCCUCUCUCUCAUGCACAGAGGGAGGUGGCGCAGUUCACAGCGUCUCGCCUCAAUAA